AUGAAAAGGAGUUAUAACCAAAAGAGUGAAGACUGUCCAGACGGCUCUAUCGAGAAACAGCGCCCAAACCGCGCAGUCCGGCUGGCCGAGGAACGAUGUUCCGCGCUCGGCCAAAGCUCGUCCGUCCGACUGAAGUCUCGGCCAAAGUCCAAACCACUCGGCCGAUCACGCAUCACGACCCGGGAAACAUUGCCCGCGGUCGGCCAAGCCACACGCCACACCACCGCGCACGACCAAAGCGCGCGAGCCGGGAAAAAGCCUCGCGGCCGCGCAACCGUUCGCGUACCACGCCGAUGCAUCCGUCCGAGCCGGGAAAGAACGUCCCACGUCCGGCCGAGAAUUUCAUCGGCCAAACUCAUCCGCUCGACCACGCCGGCCGACCGUGAAUCCGUCCGACCCCGACCGUUCCGACUCGGCCACGACCCGAUGUCCGGCCGAUCGUCCCGCACGACCGUCCCAACGCCGCGGUCGACCCGAAGCCCUUUUGAAGCCCAAACUUAUGUUUUCAAGCCCGGCUUAACCCUAAGCCGCCUCUAG